GAAGACGUGAUGACGCAAACGCAAGUUUCUUACGCAAGCUAGUUUCGAAGGCUGUGCGCGUCUGUUGUUGGAGUUGUAAGAAAAUGUAACAGUAAAAUCGUAAUGUGUCUGUUUUAAUAAGCUUCAGUGUCAGAGAGGAAUUGUCAAAAGGCUGGGUGCCACGAUGAAAUCUUGAGUGAUCUUUUAUCACCAUGAGUGCUGCUGCCUUUUCUGUGGUGGUGUUUGUUGUUUUCCUCCUGGCCCUCUACCUCCUCCAGCGUUAUGGGGAUUUGCGGAAGCAGCAGCGGAUGGUCCUGUUGGGGACGCAUCUGUCCUGGUACCUUUGCUUCCUCAUCGUGUUUGUUCUGCCACUUGACGUCAGCACGACCAUUUACAACCAGUGCAUUCAUGACAGUUUAAACCACACUCCCUCUGUUUCUCAAGGAAGACUAUCAAAUCAGUACAACACCAACUCAACAUUUAAAACAAGUGUACCUAAGGUAUGUGAGGAGCCCUGGAGUUAUAUUGCAGACGGUAUCCUGCCAGUGUUUUGGAGAGUGGUUUAUUGGACUUCCCAGUUUCUCACAUGGCUGUUGUUGCCAUUCAUGCAGUCUUACUCACAGUCAGGAGCAUUCUCUACGGUUGGAAAGAUUAAAACAGCUCUCAUUGAAAAUGCCAUCUAUUACGGCACCUACCUCCUUGUCUUCAUCGCUCUGCUGUUCUACGUCGCCGCUCACCCAAAGUGGAAACUCUCUUGGACAGCGAUCCAGACCAUCGGUAUCACAGCUGCCAACACCUGGGGCCUUUUCCUUUUGGUGCUGUUGCUAAGUUACGGCCUGGUGGAGAUCCCACGUUCUUAUUGGUUCUCAUCCUCCAACGAUUUUCUGCUGGCCAAGACUUACUUUAAGGUAGCAAAACUGGCUACAGAGAAGGCAGCAGCAGAGGAGAACCUAGCAGAUGCUAUGGAGGAAGUUGCAGACGCCAGUGUGUCUGUCAGGUUCAACCACAGUCUUAGGAAGUGCGUGGACACUAUUUUGACAAAGUGUCCCGAUAAGUAUCGAGAAGAGAUGGGAAGCAACGUGGAAAGUUCUCAGAACAAAAACCGUAUUCUCCCAACUAAAACAGGCUUAGUUAACCUUCAUAAGAAAGUCAUUUCUGCUGUGCAGACAGAGAGUCGGACUUGGGUUCAGUGGUGCAUCUUGUUAGAUCAGAUCUUUCAUCUGGAAGAUGUAGCAAAAAACCAGAGCUGCCCACAGCGAAUCUUCACCCACAGCUUCCCAUCAGCCCACCACAGCUGGAUCCAGAGGUUCAUCUAUACCCCGACUGUAGAGUGGUACUGGGAGUGUGUGUGCAGACGUGUGUUCUACAGGCUGCUGGCGGUGAUCCUGGCUCUCCUCUCUGCAGCUGUCAUCUGGUCCGAGUGCACCUUCUUCAGCACACACCCAGUCCUCUCUCUGUUUGCUGUUUUUGUUCACAAGGCUGAACAGCAACACAUUUAUAUUAGCAUGGAAAUGCUGUGCUUUGUGAUCAUCCUCUUCAUGUGUGUGUGCGUCUACUCCACAGUCUUCAGGAUACGGUUUUUUAACUACUAUCACCUGGUGCCACAUCACCAGACGGACGCUUACAGCCUGCAGUUCAGCGGCAUGCUGUUUUGUCGUCUGACCCCUCCUUUAUGUCUCAACUUUCUUGGUCUGAUUCAUAUGGACUCUGCCGUCUCACACCAGGACAGAAUACAGACAUCCUACAUGUCUAUAAUGGGCUCGACGCGACUGCUGCCAGUCAUUUCUGAUGGGUUCUACAUUUAUUACCCCAUGCUGGUCCUGCUGCUCUGUGUUGCCACGUUUUAUAACCUGGGCUCCCGCUGUUUGAACCUCCUGGGCUUCCAUCAGUACAUCAGUAAUAACGACAUGACCUCUGACCUAGUGGAUGAAGGCAAAGAACUUAUCAGGAGAGAAAGAAGAAAAAGACAGAAAGCAGAAGACGGAGAAAAUCGAAGAUGGGCCUGGAGACAGCGGUACAGCGUCCAGGCAGCCUCAGGACGCACCAGAGCUGGUUACACAGAGCUGGGCGAUGAUCAGAACAGCUUUGUACCAGAAACAUUCAUGGUCAACAGAAGAGAUGGAAAUAUAGAAGAGCAGCUCACACGCUUACUGCAGGACAACUCCAGUGAUGAUGGCUUGCCAAAUAUGAGAUCCACCGGUGGACGUAACCUCACGCUGUCACUUCCUGUCGCAGGCUUCUUUGGUGAUGUCUGAGGAUGUGAAGGAAAAGAAAUGCAAAGGAUAUUAAUUAUUUAGGGUUUCUAUAUUUUGAAAGUAAAUGUGAAAUCAAAUCUAAAUUUUAUGUAUCUAAUACACCUUGGUUUUAUUCAAUGAAAGGGGUUUUAGUUUUAACAAAAGAGUUUGCUUACACUUGGUCUAUGGUUUCCUGGCAUUUUUAAAAAUGUUAAUCAUAAUCUUUUCAAAUUAUUUUGUUUUACUGGCACAUUUUUAAAGACAAAAUUUCAAUGUACACAUUUUAAAAAUGUUAAAAUGACUGUGUGCCAUUUAUACAUUUCUAUUUAAAGCAUAAGCUUUUUGAGCCCGAAGUAAAACAUGUGAGACAAUUUUUACAAUCUUUGUUUUAUAAUGUGUUCAAGAGCUGUAUACGCACUAUAUUUUAAAGAGAAUUUCAUAAAUUAUUUUUUUCUGAGA